CACGACCUCGCAUGUCACCCCCUGAUCCUCGUCGCACCGUCGAAAAACAUUUGUGUUUACCUCAAGCGAUGCGGAAUGUGACAAUCCCCUCAAAACAUAAUAACGAAAUAAAUUUCUAAAUCCGGAGGAACCGCUGAUUUUAAAGCUAAAAAGUGCUCCCAAGAGUUUUUUAAUUUCACGUUUCGAACUAAAUGAAAAAAGUUUUUACAGUGAAUUUACUCGUUUUUUUAUCUCGCAGCGAUUCAAAUUAUUGAACGGAGUUUGUUAUUCUCGGGAAAAAGUUUGCACAGUGCUUCCCGAAUGAGGGAUGGGUGAGGUAUGGCAGUGAGAUUUUAUACCAAGGGUGCUGAACGUGUUUCGCAACGUCGAGGAAACAAUGUGAGCUUUCGAUCAUGAAGGGGGCGGGUACGAGUGGCGUCUGGAUAGUGACAGUGAUAUUUCUGACAAUCGGUAGUUGGAUCGGACGAGUCGGGCCCCGUCCGGCUGACGGAGAAAUAGCAACACUAACGUCCACCCGUGAACGUCUGCAGACUGUGCGUCAAGUACUCACUGAAGUACCACUGAUCGAUGGUCACAAUGACUUACCAUGGAAUAUACGUAACUUUGUGCACAAUCAACUCGGCGAGUUUGAUUUUGACAAGGAUCUACGGCAAAUUGCGCCGUGGAGCAAGAGCGCCUGGAGUCAGACGGAUCUCUCCAGGUUGCGGCAGGGAAUGGUCGGUGGUCAGUUUUGGGCUGCCUACGUGCCCUGCGAGUCUCAGUACCUCAAUGCCGUUCAGCUGACUCUCGAGCAAGUGGACCUCAUUAAAAGACUCAUUGAGAAGUACUCACAGCACAUGCAGUUCGCUGCUUCCUCCAGGGAGAUACUAGAGGCACAUGCCCGAGGAAGAAUAGCGUCGUUAAUUGGAGUAGAGGGUGGACACAGUCUUGGUAGUAGUCUGGCUGUGUUAAGAACCCUUUAUCAAUUGGGUGUACGUUAUCUCACGUUGACACACACGUGCAACACCCCGUGGGCAAAGAGCUCAUCCGUGGAGCAGGAGGACAACGGUGGCGGUGGUGGACUCAGUGGAUUUGGUAAAGCCGUUGUUCGCGAAAUGAACAGGUUGGGAAUGCUGAUCGACCUCAGUCACACGGCCAGGGCAACCAUGAGGGAUGCAUUGAGGGUCAGCAAAGCUCCACUCAUAUUCUCUCACUCUUCCGCUUUUGCCAUUUGUAAUUCCACUAGAAAUGUGCCGGAUGAUAUUCUCAAACAACUGGCUACUAAUGGGGGACUCGUCAUGGUGACGUUUUACAACUAUUUUGUCAAGUGCGGACCGGACGCCAGUGUCACUGACGUUGCGGAACAUAUUUAUCACAUCAGGAAUCUCAUUGGGGUGGACUACAUUGGCGUCGGCGGUGACUUUGACGGGAUAAAUAAAACACCCAGAGGCCUGGAGGAUGUCUCUAGAUAUCCAGAACUUUUUGCUGAACUUCUGAGGAGCGGCAAGUGGGAUGUUCUGGAUCUCAAGAAAGUUGCCGGCUUGAAUUUGCUCAGGGUCCUCAGGCAGGUGGAAAGAGUACGGGACGAGAUGAGAACAGCGGGUGUAAAAGCCUCGGAGGAGUUUCUCGCUUCGCCGGACACAACUGGCAACUGCGCAUUGGACAUAAACUCCGUACAAAGAGUUACGGAAGUUUGACCAGUUAUCAAAACUAUUGAUGUUCCUUCGUACUCAUCACUUCUAUCCUGCGAAAAAUGUUCAAGAAAACAAAAAAAAAAAACUUGUCGUUGGUUUUUCGUCGUGUUUUUCUACCAAUCUACCAUGCUCACCUUACAAGACUGGAGACAACUUAUAUUUGGAGAUAAAAAUGAAAAUGACUGUAAGAAUUGGACGAGUCAAAAGACAUUAGUCAUAAAUUACGAAGUGACGUGAAUUAUUUAACAACGAUUCGCCAUGUUUUUCCAGCGUUUCGUCCUCUCUGAUCCACUAAUUCUCUUUCGUGACUCAAUUCCAAUGGAAAAAGGAAAAUAAUAAAACUGGUGAAGAUAAAAAAGCGUAAAAAAUGUUAAACAUACAAGCACGUACCUGUCGUCAAGGGAAAACAGACUCGCCUCUUUAACCAUCAAAUCACGUUCCCUUGGCGUCAACAACAGCAAUGUUUAGUCACUUAUGGGGUUGAUGAAAAAUUCACGGUGAUGAGGUUUUUAUAAUGGGAAAGAUGUUUAGUAACAAAUCAAUUUGGAAAAAAAAUUCAUAUCACGAGGAGAAACUUUGGCGCGUGAAAUUGUUUGUUUCGUGAUUUAUUAGUUUUUUUUUUCCCCCAUCAACCCCGUCAAUCUACCUGUCUGUGUCUCGUGUGCACUUAUUCCACGUUCCGAGAGUUGGGCGAGGUCACCCAGCGAACUAUUCAAUAUGUGGGACGCUUUUAAAGGUGAACUCUCGACCCGACCUGGACUCACCUCCCAUCUCCUAUUUACAGGGGUGGGAAUAUAAAUAAAGAUGAUGUAUACAAUGUAAUAAGAGGGAAAAAACAAAUCCAAUCAAUUCGUUGUAAUCUCGACGACGAAGUUCUAUAAAUAAAUGUUUCUAUUGUAAAAAGUGUCAUCAUUUUUUAUCCAUUAAGG